ACGGGGGGCUUGACACCCUUUGCAAGAAACCUGGCCACUGUAACAAAGCUCGAGCACACACGGGCGCUGACGGUGCGUGAUGAUACGCCCUUUGGGGAUAAACCACUUCCCUCGGCGCUGCGGAGCUCACACACAGACACACGGUCUGUGGCUGCACGAGGCUGCGCGCCCUGAACGCCUCUCGGGCUGCUUUGAUGGGAGGAGUGAUUUGCUUAGGGAAGCUUGUUGUGCGAUUGAUAACCUACGGCUUUAAAGUGAGAAUGUAGUGUCUCCAAGCUCUAGAAGUCAGAUUUGAAUUUGUGACAUCAUUAAAGGUUUUGGGAUAAGUGGCGUAAAUCUCUGAAGGAAUAAUGGGCACGAGCAGGAUUCCUAUCAUGGACGUGUCCCUGGAGGUGAUUAAUCCAUCAUCCGCGCGGCCGCUCAUAGUGGCGUGUCUGACGCUGCUCCUCUCCUUCCGCCUGUGGCGCUGGCUGCGGCAGCGGUCGAUCCCCGGUCCGCUCCCGUGGCCGCUCAUCGGGAACGCGGCGCAAAUGGGCCAGGCGCCGCACCUGUACUUCGCGCGCAUGGCGAAGAAGUACGGCGACGUGUUCCAGAUCCGGCUGGGCUGCCGCAACGUGGUGGUGCUGAACGGGGACUGCGUCAAGCAGGCGCUGGUGGGGCGGGGGUUCGACUUCGCCGGCAGGCCGGACUUCACCUCCUACAGGUUCGUGUCCAACGGGAACAGCAUCGCCUUCAACACCGUCUCGGACUGGUGGAAGCUGCACCGCAAACUGGCGCAGUCCACCGUGCGCAUGUUUUCCACGGGCAACCUGAGCACCAAGAAGACAUUCGAGCACCACGUCGUGUGCGAGGUCCGAGAGCUGCUGCGGCUGUUCCUGCAGAAAACCGCGGAGGAGGGACAUUUCGAGCCCAUGACCUAUCUGGUGGUGUCCACGGCCAACAUCAUGAGCGCCGUGUGCUUCGGGAAGAGGUACACGUACGAGGACGAGGAGUUCCGGCAGGUGGUGGGCAGGAACGACCAGUUCACGCGCACGGUGGGCGCGGGCAGCAUGGUGGACGUGAUGCCCUGGCUCCAGUAUUUCCCCAACCCCAUCAAAACGCUGUCGGACAACUUCAAGGCGCUCAACCAGGAGUUCAGCGCGUUCGUCGUGGACAAAGUGGCCGAGCACCGGAAAACGAUCCGACCAGGCGCCGCCAGGGACGUCACGGACGCGUUUAUAGAGGCUCUGGACCAGCUGAGGGACCACACGGGGCUUUCCUCAGAGAGGGACUACGUGGCCCCCACGCUGAGCGACGUAUUCGGGGCAAGUCAAGACACACUGUCGACUGCCCUGCAGUGGAUCGUCCUCAUUCUCGCCAAGUACCCUGAGGUGCAGACCCGCCUCCAGCAGGAGGUGGACAAGGUGGUGGACCGCAGCCGACUCCCGACCAUCGAGGACCAGGCGCGGCUGCCCUACGUCGCGGCCUUCGUCCACGAGAUGAUGCGCUUCACCAGCUUCACCCCCCUCACCAUCCCCCACUCCACCACCGCGGACACCUCCAUACUGGGCUACGCCAUCCCGAAGGACACGGUGGUGUUCAUCAACCAGUGGUCCACCAACCACAACCCGGCCAUAUGGUCCCACCCGGAGACCUUUGACCCCCAGCGCUUCCUGGACGGCGCCGGCGCCCUGAACAAAGACCGGACCAGCAGGGUGCUGCUCUUCUCCAUGGGCAAGCGGCGCUGCAUCGGCGAGGGCCUGUCCAAGAUGAAGCUGUCCCUCUUCACGGCCCUCCUCGCCCACCAGUGCCGCGUGGCCGCCGACCCGGCCCGGCCGCCCGAGCUCGACUACGACUACGGCCUCACCCUGAAGCCGCGGCCCUUCUCCAUAGCCGUGAGCCUGCGCGACGACAUGGCGCUGCUGGACGCGGCCGCCGGACGCGGCCCCAAGGAGGAGGUCAGAGGUGAACCCUCGUCAGGUUAACAGUGUGCACGGAGCUCGAGGUUGUGAGAAAAUAUGAAGUAACGCAAAGACUGGUGAAUCGUGUUGGCUGAUACUGUAUCUAUAAGCUGAACUCUCAGGCUGCCUCUGCUUGUUCACAUUGUCUGUACACAGCAGUGAGAUGAGAACAACUCCGUGGUCACGACCACCGAUUACUGAUUUAUAACAGAGACACAUGCAAACAAACACAACAUUGUGCGUCCGAGCCGUUUUAACCCAGCAGGGACAAAUAAGCUCCCACACUCCCCCUUAUUACCUGCUGUGUCACUGUGUCGAUAGGCGUCGCACUGAAAGGUGACCGCACAGAUGUGUCCGAAACAGCACAAACUCAACGCCCACGUUGUGUUUCUUCCUGGUUCCCAGUGAAUUAUUAGCGUAGGAGCAGAGACCGUCAUUAUGUGAACUGUAUGUCGCAGUGCACAGUGUAGCAUCAAAUGUAGCUGUUAUUAUGCUGCCGCUUGCUGAGCAAUACAGCCCUUUAAGCUUUUGAAUACAUAUUACUAAUAUAUUCCUGCACAGUAGAUGUGAUGUUUUGUUCCAAUAUUGUACAGUUGCUUAAUAAAAAGAAUCUUUAAAUACAAUGUUUCCUUUGAAUUCAUCACAGUUUAUAGAUCAAUAAAGGUUCAAUUAAAAGUGAAACAAAGUAAGUUGUGCCCAUUACGUCACUUUCUCAUGCAGACCAACCAUAUUUAGUUUCAGCAGGACUUGGCGUGGCGCCAGAAAAGGGCCGUUUUCCCGGGAGAUCCCGUUUCAUGCGGCCUUUUUUUUUUUUUUUUUUUUUUUAUCUGGCCCCGCCAGAACACGCUGUGCCCGAUCAGCCAGAGGACUCUCAGAGUAGCGUGACAAAAUUCAGAUAAAGCUCCGGCAGAUGACAACUGAUACGGACCCGUUUUCUGCCUCCUUUCACAAAUAGGCGACGUGAAGAGAGGCGGAGCGGUGCCAGCGGAGUCCUGUGUAACUGGGUUUUCCUUCGGCACAAUUGAGCUGCGCUGACAGAUCAGAUGCAAAUGAGGAGAAAGUACAAAGGCGCUGACGACGUAAGUGUCUGCCUCAGUGGGACGGUGGCUGGACUUACAGGAACAGAGGGUCCACGCUCCAGCGACGAGCCCCUCCUCAUAUUACAAGCUGCAAUAGGAAACCAACACUCCUAUUAGUGUAUGAAGUGCAACCACAGAACUUUGACAUCCUGCAAAAUCUGGGAAUUAAAUCAGAAAUCUCAGAAAUGACAGGACGAGGCAUCAGAUGGAGCGAUGCGGUAGCAGUGGUAAGACACAUGUUUCACUACGUCUUAGAUCUGUCAAGACUGAAUUAGGUCUGAAGAUUAGCUGGAAUUGAAACUUGCAUCCUGCGCUGGCUGAGGAUUAAACUUAAAACUUAAACACACACACACACACACACACACACACACACACACACACACACACACACACACACACACACACACACACACACACACACACACACACACACACACACACACAGUCCUUAUGCUGUUGCAUAACUUUAACCAAGCUGAGAUUGUGAAUGGAGGCACAUGUGGAGAUCUGAAUGGAUGUUAGCAAGAUUGUACAGAUAAGGCAUUCAGAGAGCAGGCUGCUAUCUGUUGGGACAGACCGACAGGAAUGAAGCCACAAUAGAGCUCGAAAUGUUAACACACGGCUGAAAUCAACAUCUUAACGGAGUCCUCUGUGCAGCCUUUAGACUGGGGUCAAGCCAGUUCAGGUCAACACACACCUGACGAAAACGGAGCAGAAGGGUGUUUAAAGAGGACGAUGAUGCGCUUGCAGACUGUAUUUAUUAUUAAGUGAAGCAGGAGACGAUGCUUUGCUAAAGGUCACCUGAUCGUUUUUGCUGGAUAUCCAUGCAUUCAUACACGGUGCAGAAGUGCAUCAAGCCCAGCAUUAUAACAUAAUCUCCAGGUCUUUUCUUGUGGAGGGUUCACAGAGGUGAAACCCCGUCUCACAGCCGUUGGUGGUCACACGGGUCGGCAGCUCUAAGGAGACAAUGAACCCCACAACCCAGCGGCGGCUGGGCCCGACACGACGCCACGGCGAAACACAAAGCUGGAGCAGCGCGAGGGGAGAAAACAAACCCUGAAAGCUGCAGCCUUGAACGGUUAUGAAACGCGUGGUCCUGUGCUGCUCGCUAUGAACGCACAUCAAGAUUAGACGCAAUCGCUCUCUCGCGCAGACUGUCGGCGUCGGUGAUUAAACACAAAACAUUAACGGUUUUCUUCAUACUGAAGGAGAAGCAGCGGUAAAUGAUUUCUGCAGCUGUAACAACUGAGGCUCUUGAUUAAACAGCUGGAUAAUAAAUCAGUCAGGGAGAGCCAGCGUUUUCACGACUGUAGGAGCACCUGUGUGCGCUGGGAGGAACCUGUUCAGAGUGGUUCUACCAUGGGGGCUGGGACAUGACUAGACUGGUGGGACAUUAGCCUGAAUGUGAUCCAGUAACAGAUUCCCGACCUCCCCGGCACAAAAUGUACCAUCUGAGCACAACAAAAACGAUGCCUUCAUGCUACGCCGUAAGACUCGUGCAGGAUCCUGCUCGAUGCAGAUUAUGUUGACUUUGGACAGGAAUCAAUUUGGUUUAUAAUAAUAAAUCUAAAAAAUGUUAAUUAUACACACUAGCUUACAUAACUAAUUUAGGGAGGGCCUUCCUCCUAUAAGGAAGUACGAAAGACGGUGCUUAAGCAAGACAAAUGACAAACUGACAACUCAUCUCAGCAUUGCACAGAUUUAAUUAUAGAUUCCAUUAUCAUUAAUGAGUGAGUGCACACUGCCUGUGGACUACGAUCUCUAUGUAGCGUCUGAGAUGAAUAUUGCACUUGCUUUGUCAUAAAAACUUACAUUCAUAGUUCUGGUAGAAAAAGAAAAGCAAUGCAAAAGUCUGAUGACUUCACAACAUAAGAUUUAAAUGUACUGAACCUGUCGGUAAGUUGAUAAAAAAAAAAAAAAAAUCAAAA